GCAUUUUCUCAUAUUGGGGAAGAUCUAGAAGAUUAUGUUGAGCAUUGGUAUAGAAAAGAUACGUACUUCAAUACUUAUAAGUACUUCAUUCAACCAAUCCCCAAUAUGGAAGAUGUGGCCUAAAUCAAAUAACCCACCAGUCGAGCCACCUGAAGUUAAACCAAUGCUUGGUAGACCCAAGAGAUGUAGUAGAAGGGACAACGAUGUACCAAGAAAAAAGAAAUGGGGAAAAGCAUCAAAGAAAGGAGCCAAGAUGACAUGUUCUAACUGCCAUCAAAGUGGACACAACAAAAAAUGGUGCAAAUCAGGGCCUCAAGAAAGACCAAGAACAACAACUGAAUCAACACCAAACAUUCAACUUGCUACUCAACAAUCUAGUAUAACUACUGAAGCAAUGCCAAUGAGACAACCUAGUACCCAACAUUCUAGUGUUCCUUCUUCUUUAUGUCAAGAUACUACAAAAUUUAGAAAUAAUACUUCUACUAGGAGAGGCAGAGGGAGAGGACUAGGAAUAGGAGUUGGCAGAGGAAAGGGAAGGGGAACUGGUAUAGGAAGGGGCACUGGUUUAGGAAGAGGAAGUGGGGCUAGUUCUGAUUCAACAAGCACAGCCUCCAGUGCGCCUGCUGGAUUUGCUACUGCUGCUUCUCUUCAUGCUGCUACUAAAUCUGUUUCUGUUGCUGUUGGAAAAAAAAGAACAAGAAAAUUGGGAUUUGGCAUUUACACAGACACAGAAUCUGGAAGACAAGUUCUUAAU